UGCUCCUCUACUCUGCGCUUCAUUAUGUCUAGAAUAAAACUGUGAGCGACAUGUCUCAACGAGGUAGGGCACACAAGCACAGAUAGACAGAGAUAGAGAGGGGUGUGAUGGGGAGUCCGCACCAUUCGGCUUGUUUGUGUGAAGGGGGGUGGGGUGUGUAGAGGGGAAGGGUGGGGGGAGAAACCUAGAGAAACACCAGGCCCUUGCAGCAGGUGCUUGUCUGUGCAGGUUUGAGGGCCACCUCUAGCCCGCGGGCGUUUUCCUGCGUUUUUAGCUGCUGGUGGGUGCAGGGUGGGGGUGGUGGGUUAUCUCAAUAUUUUCAAGCUAAAUGUGACGCAAAGCCCACGGGCCAGUGCAAACCACAGCUGUGAAGGAUAUGAGACAGGGUUUGCAAUGCACACAAUACAGGAGGUGUUCAGCAACAUAUGCGUGUGUUGGGAAACGUACGUUUUUUUCUAGGUUGUUCUGUGAAACAUUUAUGUAACUAGCAAUGAUAUCUUCAACCACAACCUGCAAUAUGCUGUAGCUAUGUAUGGGUGGUCUCUGUGUGGAGAGGGUGGGUCACUCUCUGUGCACCUGCCUCAAAGCAACCUCUGUCAGUGUUUCUUCAGAGUCGCCCAACAUGGCCAGAGGGACCAUGAAAAUUCAGAGAGGUUCUUAAGCUGUGAAUUUACGACGUGUGACCCCUGUAGCGUCCGGAGCACAAUGCACUGUUAAGGUUGUUUUUGAAGUUCAUUACCAGGCCAAAUGUCCCGUCUCACCUACAAUAGGUCGGUGAAGCCAUCACCCCAGCUUGCCCCCUGGCAUUUCUCCUGUCUCCCCGGACGUCAUGAGUGAAGACGAACAGGGACGAAUUCCUGGAGGCCAUGCGGGAAAUGAAACAUGUCAGAGGGAUGGAGGCAUGUGGUUCUCAGACUGGUGAGAGUGGAGACUUGGAGUGGAGCACUACCACCCAAAGCACCUCACAUUAUCAGCUGAGCAGAGAUGGCUUCCGUGAUGGGAGCGAGGCCAGGAUGCCAACAAAUUCGACCAAGAAUGAAACUGUUGGGGUGACCUCCUGGGGUGAGUUCCUGUGCAGUGUUGGGGUGACCUCCUGGGGUGAGUUCCUGUGCAGUGUUGGGGUGACCUCCUGGGAUGAGUUCCUGUGCAGUGUUGGGGUGACCUCCUGGGAUGAGUUCCUGUGCAGUGUUGGGGUGACCUCCUGGGAUGAGUUCCUGUGCAGUGUUGGGGUGACCUCCUGGGGUGAGUUCCUGUGCAGUGUUGGGGUGACCUCCUGGGAUGAGUUCCUGUGCAGUGUUGGGGUGACCUCCUGGUAUGAGUUCCUGUGCAGUGUUGGGGUGACCUCCUGGGAUGAGUUCCUGUGCAGUGUUGGGGUGACCUCCUGGGAUGAGUUCCUGUGCAGUGUUGGGGUGACCUCCUGGGAUGAGUUCCUGUGCAGUGUUGGGGUGACCUCCUGGGAUGAGUUCCUGUGCACUGCAAAUCCACUGAAACAGUAUCUGAUUUAAAUUAACUUUUGAGACAGAAACAUAAUUUUGCCAUAUUUAAGCGAGCUGAAGUCAAAUUGGCUCCCACGGAUAAUGGGGCUUAUAAUGCUCCCAUAAGCAUUAACUUAA